GAGAGAUUAAUUAAUUGUACAGUUAAAUAAACUAAAGAUGUUUUGUUUGCAUGUUUGAUCCCCUAUGUUGUUAAUAAAUAUUGUUACGUUUGUGACAUGUGUCCUGUGGAACCAAGAUCUCAUCAAGGCUGACCUACCACCAGAAAAAUUGUUUGUAGAAGCAUUGAAAUGUCGAGAACAAUCAUUGGCAACAAGGGAUGAUCUACACAGCAUUGCUCUGAGGGUCCCUCCGGAAACCAUGUCUGGGAAGUGCACUUUGCUCUGUAUGAUGACCAACCAUGGAUUGGUUGAGAACGGAAGAUACAACCAGGACAACACUUACCAGUUCCUGAAGAAACAUUUCCCUGAACGCCCGAUGAUGGUGAGGGACAUGGAGGAGACUGCAAAGAACUGCCAGUAUAUUUCUGACAAGGUGCCAGAGGACUACCAAGGCACCUGUGAGCACGCUUAUAUACUGGCUGUUUGUAUCCAGGAAAAUCUGAAAGGGGUAAAAAUGUAGCAAAGCUGAAGAGCCAAAAGAUGUUCUGUUGGAGAAGAAUCUUUUCGAUUGGAUAAAAGUCUGAUUAUGAGAAUAAGGAAAUAGUCUGCUAAUCAAUGCACUGUUAAAUUGCUAAAACGAAACAAACUGAAACACUAAAAAGGGCCUCAUACAAAAGUUUAUCUGUAAAAAUAUGAAUAAGAUAUGUAUUGAAAGUUUACUUUCCUAGCUGUGUAACCUGUAAAAAAUAAGCGUAUUUAUAUUUCCCAUGAUGAACCAGGAGCUGAGUACCAAUAACACACAAAAUACGUUUACUUAGAAUCGAGAAUUUUCCCCUAAGAAAGAAAUUGAUCGUCAGCUGCGCUUAUUUUGGUGGAUGUUCAAAUGGAAAGGUAUCAAAUGGUUAAACAAAUUAAACAUAAUUUUUCUUAGAUCAUACUUUUCCUAUCCUAAUGUAUUUAAAAACUGUAAGACACGUAAAUAUGUUUUAAAUCAGCGUCAUAUAACUAUAUAAUACGCCCAAAGUGACGGCUUUCAUUGUUUUAUCUAGUUGCUAGAUAUUUUCUUACCCUUUUGGUAUCCCCCAGAUUCAUUACAUUUUCAAAUGUACUUAGCUUGGCUGACGAACGAUUUCUUUCAUUGGAAAACUUUGUUUAUCACUUUGUAAGAAAAUCCAGGUUGUGUACUGGCUCUUAUGUCCUAGACUAUGAUUUUUAUUCUUGGUUUGGAAUAAAAUACCAAAAUCUUGGUAAAACCCCCUUUAAAAACCCGAACUCUUCUUACAGAGCGCGCUCGCGCGUCUGUGAGUAUGCAUUUUGUGCACAAGAAUAUUAUGAGCUGCGAUCAAUGAACUGUUCCCCAGUGAGAGGCCAAGGCCCUGAGGCCAAACCAGUCGGCCCAAUUAUCAGAUCACCUUGCGGCGGUGAAGAACGCACGCAAUUUGCCGCUCACCAUCUUUAAUUUGCAAAUCCACGUCUGAGUUUAUUUUAAACUACAGGCCCUGGUGUUAUCAUUUUCUCAUCUAUAGUUUCCCGUGUAUAAUCGGUUACAAGUUUAUCAUUAUUACUACCAUCAUCUCUAAAAUCCUGUAAUAUUUGCAUGAACAAAUUGUAUAAGUUGUAUCAUUAAGUAGUACAUUAAAAAGUCAUUACAACUAAAUCACAUUUUUCCAUAUUUCGCUUAGUGUUUAUCUUUGAUUUUUGAAUAUAGCAUAUGGUUAAAGACAUUGUAUAUAAACAUCUUUGGUUCCUUUAACCAUAUCAGAUUAUAUGUGCUGUUUGAUUUUAA